AUGUCUGAUUCUGAAAUGCUUAAAAUGGAAAAAAUCCCAUAUACUAAUGUUAUUGGAACCAUAAUGUACUCAAUGAUUAGUACCAGGCCUGAUUUAGCUUUUUCAAUUUCUCUACAUAGUAGAUUCAUGUCUAACCCUGGUAAAAUUCAUUGGGAAGCUUUAAAGUAUGUGUUAAGGUACAUUAAUGGCUCUGCUGAUAUUGGGUUAAUUUAUAAAAAGAAUUGUGAUGUUUUUAAUCUUGUUGGAUAUGUGGACUCUGACUUUGCUGGUGACAGGAACUCUCAAAAAUCUACAACUUCUUUCUUCUUUACUCUAGGAGGGAACUGCAUCAGCUGGAAGUCUCAGUUGCAGCCUUUGGUUGCACUGUCUUCCACUGAGGCAGAAUAUGUGGCUGUCACUGAUGCCUUCAAAGAAGCCAUCUGGCUCCAAGGUUUGUUAAAGGAAAUUCAUAUGUUGCAAGAUAAGGUUGUAGUAUUUUCUGAUAGUCAGAGUGCCAUACAUUUAUGUAAGAACCCUGUAUAUUAUGAGAGAACCAAACAUGUAGAUGUAAAGUUUCAUUUUGUAAGGGACCAAGUAGCCAAAGAAAAUGUAAUUAUUCAAAAGGUCCCAACAGAAAACAACCCAGCUGAUAUGGGGACAAAAAUUGUGACUGCAGCCAAGUUUAAAUACUGUUUGGACUUGCUGCAUGUCAUAAUUGGUUGA